AUUUGUUGCUUUUUUUUCUUUUUUGAAAUUUUUUAUCACGAUCUAAUUAAACUUUAUUAUUGACCAUAAAAGAAUUAGAAAGACGACAAAAUAAUAUACUAGUAAUAAAGUUUUUGAAUUAUAGUUUUGCUUGUACCUUUCCACUGACUCUCUGAGUGAAUGUCUACAGAAGCUUAUAAUAUAAACUAAGUAAUUAGUGGGUUGUUGUUCUUUAAUUCGAAGUUUAUCUAUUCAUUCAACUUGUUCAUCCCUUAGGUUUUAGUUUUCUUAAGAAGCUGAUUAAUCAAAUUCCAAAACUAAAUUCAGUUCUUAUCGACUGGACGCAAAUGCUCAAUUUCUAAAAUUCUUGAUCCUUCUCGUGAUUAAUUACGAUGCUACCUGGUUUUCAAUACAAUAUCAAUGAUCUGUUUCAAGAAGCUAAGAGAAGAUGGCUAAAGCCGAUAGAAGUGCUUUACAUUUUGCAGAAUCAACAUAAUACGUGCGAGUUCACAAACGUGCCCCCUCACCAGCCAAGUGGUGGAUCUGUGUAUCUUUUUAAUAAAAGAGUCAUGCGUUUCUUCCGAAAAGAUGGUCAUAAUUGGCGCAAGAAAAAAGACGGAAGAACUGUAUCAGAAGCGCAUGAACGGCUUAAGGUUGGAAAUUUUGAAGCCCUAAACUGUUACUAUGCACACGGAGAGGAGAACCGUAGUUUCCAGAGGCGGAGUUAUUGGAUGUUGAACCCGGAAUAUGAGCAUAUUGUUCUCGUGCAUUACAGAGAAACAAAUGAGGGGACAUCCAAUUCUGGACCUGUCACACAAUUGUCACCGUUUAGUCAGAGUCAUAACUCGCAUACUACUCAAAACCCUGAGACAACAUCCAUAGUUGAUUAUUCAUGUGAACCUAGUCAAAAUUUCUCCAGUUCUGGGUCUUUAGAAGUUACCUCUGAUAUAGUCGUCAUGAACAAUGGAAUGGAUCACUUGGAGAAAACAGAUGCACAAGCUUUGCAGCAAUUGGAGGAACAAUUAAGUUUGAAUGAGGACGGCUUCAAAGAAGUUUCUCCCUUUUAUAGCGAGCAUGAAUUUUUUGGUGCAUUCUCUGGACCUGACGAUCAUAAACAACCAUAUGAUGGGUAUAAUGGAACAAAAGAUGGCAGUAGUAAUCAUUAUCAUGAAUUACUUUACUAUGAUUUCCCCGGUGGGCAUGAAAAAACCUUAUCUUGGACAGAGAUGCUGCAAUCACGCAAGUCCUCAUCUGCGAUCAAGUUACCAGAACAACAUGCACACGAGGCAUUUGACAAUGAAAAGUCACUAUCUUCUUCAGGAAGAGAAAUGAUUGCCAACAGGGAAAUCAAUUACCGGCUAAACCCCAACACCAACAGCAAUAAUGCUGAGAACUCUGUCUUCUCAUUUCCUCAAGACGUUGGAGUCAAAUUUUCUUCACAUUCAUCCGUAGAAACUCAAGAUACUAAUUCUGGCUGCUAUGAAACAUUGUUUGCACAAAGCCAAAUUCAAGAACCUCUGGAUGCAUAUUCAAGCUUGACUGUUGGACAGAAACAUAAAUUUACAAUUAAGGCUGUCUCCCCAGAAUAUUGUUAUGCCACUGAGGCAACAAAGGUGAUCAUUAUUGGAUCUUUUCUCUGCCUUCCCUCGGAUUCUACCUGGGCUUGUAUGUUUGGUGAUGAUGGUGUAAUCUGUUGUGAGGCUCCAUCCCAUCUUCUUGGGAAGGUUGCUCUGUGCAUUUCUUCAGGAAAUAAGGAACCAUGCAGUGAAGUCACAGAGUUUGAGUUUCGUAAUAAGACCAAUAGUUGCACUUGCUGUAAUACUUUGGAAACAGAAGCUGCCAGAAGUCCAGAAGAGCUGUUAUUACUAGUUCGAUUUGCAGAAGUGCUCAUUUCUGCUUCAUCAAUAAAGGACAACCGCACAGAAUCUGGAAGUCACCUUCCAACAGAACAGAAAGAAGAUGAUGAUUCAUGGAGCCAUAUUAUAGACUCUCUCCUAGUUGGCAACAGAACUUCAUCUGGUACUAUUGAUUGGCUUCUUCAAGAGCUGCUGAAGGAUAAGCUGCAACACUGGCUUUCUUGCAAAUCCAAUGAAAAAGAUGAAGGGGCAGGUUGUUCUUUGUCCCAGAAAGAGCAAGGGGUUAUACACAUGGCUUCUGGAUUGGGUUUCGAGUGGGCCUUGAACCCCAUUCUCAGUUGUGGUGUGAAUGUUAAUUUCCGUGAUAUCAAUGGAUUGACUGCCCUUCAUUGGGCUGCACGGUUUGGAAGGGAAAAAAUGGUUGCUUCACUUAUAGCUGCCGGUGCAUCUGCUGGAGCAGUGACAGAUCCAAACUCACAAGAUCCGAAUGGUAAAACUGCUGCAUCUAUUGCGGCCAGCAAUAGCUACAAGGGACUGGCAGGUUAUCUUGCGGAGGUAGAUCUAACAAGUCAUCUGUCAUCCCUCACAUUGGAAAAGUGUGAAGCUUAUCAAGAUUCUUGCGAGCUUGAAGCUGAGCUAACUGUCAACAGUGUGUCUAAGAAAAAUCUUGAAGCCAGUGACGAUGAGGCUUCACUAAAAAAUACCUUGGGUGCUGUCAGAAAUGCAGCUCAGGCAGCUGCACGGAUACAAGCCGCUUUUCGUGCACAUUCUUUCAGAAAACGGAAAGAGAGAGAAGCUGCCACCAACACUUAUCUAAAUGGACAUGUCUUUGGUGUAGGUAGCAUUGCUGGCAAUGUUAGGAGCUCACGUUACAAUUCAGCCGCCUUAUCAAUUCAGAAGAAAUAUCGAGGUUGGAAAGGUCGCAAAGAGUUCUUAGCUCUGCGCCAAAAAGUUGUAAAGAUACAGGCUCAUGUGAGGGGUUACCAGGCCCGGAGGCAAUACAAGCUAAUGAUAUGGGCAGUUGGAAUCUUGGACAAAGUUGUGCUAAGAUGGCGGAGAAAAGGAGUUGGUUUGCGAAGUUCUCCACAUAAAACAAAGACAAAUGAGGAAAGUGAUGAUGAGGAUUUUCUCAAGGCGUACAGGCAAGAAAAAGUACAUGCAACAAUUGAAAAAGCUUUGGCGCGGGUGCUUUCCAUGGCCCAUUCUGCGGGUGCUCGUCGGCAAUAUAAUCGCCUGCUUGAGAUAUAUCGUCAAACCAAGGCUGAACUUGGCAGCAGGAGUGAUGAUACACUGUUAUCAACUACAGUAGAGGAGGCUUGGUAUAUUGAAGAUGAUACUUUAAAUGCUUGGUAUAUUGAAGAUGAUAAUUUAAAUCAAUAUCCUUGGGAAACCCUCUAGCUUUCCUCUUCUUAUCUCUAUCUAUUUGGCUUUCUAGCUUGACCGUUUAUAUAAAUGAUACUUGUAUUUGGAAUUGUAGAACAAGCUUUGAGGUUGUAGCUUGUAAAUCAGUCUAAGUCGUAUAUAUAGUCAUAAACUCAUAAUGUCGACGGACAUUUUUACUUUAUUAUUAUGUACAAAAAUGACCUUGAAUGCAGGUAGGAUAGGGUUUCCAAGUCAGUGGAGUAACUUUCCACUUUAUUAUUACAUAUGUUCUUGCUUAUCAAAGCAUUCAUCGCAA